AUGUCAGCAUCUUUCCACACUGACGGAAAAGAGUUAGUGGAGAUGGAGAAAUUAAAAAUAAAUGUGAUAACUGGACAUAGAAUAUCAAUUAGAGAGAUAAUCAUGUUACGACUAAUGCUGUCCGAUCCAACCGAGUUAGAUUUAAUUGCGAGAAUGCUACUCUUAACAUCACAUUCGGAAAACUGGCUAAACAAGAAAAUUUAUAUCAACGGUAACAAGGUGGUAUUGAAACUGAGCAACAAAACUUUUUCAAAUCUACCCUCUCUCAACUGGUUACUGCUAGUGAAUAGUUUCAUCGAAAAUAUACCAGCAGAGCUUUUCCGAAACAAUACUAAUUUGAAAAUAUUAUCCUUACAAGAAAAUAACAUAAAAUAUAUACCAAACAACAUAUUCAAAGGUCUAAAAUUGACUGAUUUAGAUCUAAGCCAUAAUAAAAUUAGUUAUUUGAAUAGCGACGUGUUCUCGGAGCAGACUUCGAUGACUAAGCUUAAAUUGAGUUACAAUGAAUUGAAGAGUCUGCCCGGCGAGUUGUUCUCUAAUAUGAACAGUUUGGAGAAAUUGGAUCUUGGGCAUAACUCGAUUGGGUUUUUGAAUAAAUCAACUUUCGCAGGACUAAAUAAUCUGGUGGAGUUGUCACUGACUGAGAAUCGAAUAGAGCAUCUCAACGAAGAGAUCUUUGCUCCUAGACUGCCUCUAGAGGGUUCACUUCUAUCAAACAUCAAUUUGACGAAUUCAUCUGAAAAGAACUUUCAGCCUCUUUUCGUAUCCCGGUUGUUUUCUCUGACGAAAUUGAAGAAGCUGAGGAUCUUGGACCUCAGUCACAAUAAUAUCUCCGUUUGUUGUGAAGACUGGACUUCUCUAGACUUCUUCGAACUUGAUUUGUCCCAUAAUUACACCACUUCUCUUCCGCCCGAGGUCUCUUACGGAAAUAACGUCAAGGUCGAUUUGCGAUACAACAACAUACAACAAUUCAAACUGCCCAUCCAAAACCUAUUAUCAAGGAAAGUAACAUUCCUUAUAGAUUACAACCCAUACAGAUGCGACUGCGACUUCUACUAUUUCACCCACAAUUAUAAAUUAGGAACAAAAACGUUCAAAAUUGACAUUGAAAAUGCUGAAUGCGCUCAACCGCCUGCGCUGAAAGGGGUUAAGUUGGUGAAUUUUCAACCAGAAGUACUGACUUGUGACGUAGACUGUAAAACUGGAGGUAUAAUCAAACAUCCCAUGAAGGGUUCAAAUUGUAAUUGUACAAUCCGAAUCAAUCCGAUUCAACAGAGAUUGGAGAUGUUCUGCGAUUACCUCCCCGAUGUGUACCCCAAACUGCCCCCACAUAUCAAUUCUAUGUAUUUGAAGCUGAGAUACGUCACCGAUGUGCCAUUGCUUCCGGCGGAAGUGAAGAUUGUUGAUUUUUCUUCUUUGAAUCUCACCGAACCACCAAUUGCCAACUCUGUAGCGUUGAAUCUGACGAACAACUAUCUGACUAAAGCUCCUCUCGAGUUGCUUCAAAGGAAUUGUUCGGUGUACUUAAGUAAUAACCCCUUUGACUGUACUUGCUGGGGGAAGGACAACGUGUUAGCUCUUAACGCCUUCCAGAAUCUUAUCCUAGACUACAAGAAUCUGACCUGUUCUAAGGGCAUUUACGUAUCGUACAUAGUCGUAGAACAGCUCUGCACUGUAAGAAAUGCCAUCAUCAUAGGCUUAUCACUCGGCAUAAUUGCUAUUCUUUUCAUCAUAUGUACCAUAAUAGCCGUCAAAUAUACAACGGAAUUGAGGAUAAUGUUGAGGGAAUUGGGUCUUUGGCGCGGAGACCUCGUCGGCGGGGAGGUUUACGAUGCAUUUGUGUCCUUCACUUAUCAAGACGAGGACUUUGUGAGGGAGAAGCUGCUACCGAAGUUGGAGAAAGGGAAACCACCUCUGAAGAUCUGCGUACACUAUAGAGAUUGGGUGAUUGGUGACUAUAUACCGGCUCAAAUCUCUCGGUCGGUCGAUCAAUCGCGUUACACAAUCAUCGUGCUAUCGAGAAACUUCGUCGAAUCGAUGUGGGGACGUAUGGAGUUCCGGACCGCUCAUGCUAAAGAUCGAGUGAUUAUUCUCAUGUUGGAGGACCUGUCGGCCAACAAAUCGCUCGAUCCAGAACUAAGGGCCUAUAUCUCCAUGAAAACGUAUGUAAAAGCCGAUGACCCGCUAGUAUGGGAGCGUCUGAGAGAUGCUGUGUUACGUCGUAGGAGGAAAACUCUAAACCAAACAAGCUGA